CCCAAAACGGCGCGUCCUCACUCUCACUGCUAGUACAGUAGUGUACCACUACCACGACUCGCAGCAGCAGCGGCAGCAGCAAGCAGCCGCAAGAGGCGAUGAGCAAGAGCUGCUGCGAGGAGAGGGAGAGGCCCAGGAAGAGCUGUCCGCCGGUCCACGCCAACUCCGGCUUCGCCGCCGGCGUCCUCUUUGCGCUGCUCGUCUACUUCCUCGUCCAGCAGCAGACUGCCAUGAGCGUUGCCACUACGGCAGCAGUAGCACAAUGGAUCUCGGCCAAACAACUGAUUAGAGGUCCUGGUGAAAUGCAAUUGAUUAAACCUCCCGGUGAAAGUGAAAUACUUGUUACUUCUGAUAUGCACCGGGUCCCGGACAAACAGCCGAUUCAAGAUUCCGAUAAUGUCAAGAUGGUGUGUACCACGGAGGACCACUCCCGCGGUUUGUCCGCCACCUGCAAAGUCGACGGCGACGUGCGCACCAAUGGCACAGCCCUAUCCGUGAGCCUCGUCCCGGUGGGCUGGUCAGAGCGCCACGAGUGGAUGAUCUCGCCAUACACGCGCAGUGGCCAGAGCCUUAGGGCGGUCACCGUGACUCAGCUGCCGGACCGGGCCGCCGCCCCUCCGUGCACGGUGACCCACACGAUGCCUGCCAUCCUGUUCGGAAUCGGAGGGUACGUGGGCAACUACUGGCAUGACUACGCCGACAUUCUGGUGCCGCUGUUCGUCGCAUCGCGGCAGUACCACGGCGAGGUCACGUUCCUGGUCAGCAACAUCAAGCACCUGCCGCGGUGGCUGGUCAAGUACAAGACCUUGUUGCAGGGGCUGUCCAAGUACGGCGUCGUGGACAUGGACCACGAUGCGUAUGUGCGGUGUUUCCCGCGCGUCACGGUGGGGCUCCGCCUCGACAAGGACUUCAGCAUCGUUCCCGAACUGGUGCCGGGGGGCCGCCUCACCAUGGCAGACUUCACGCAGUUCGUGCGGGAGACCUACGCGCUCCCACGCGGAGCAGUGAUCCGGGAGCCGUACAAGAAGCCCCGGCUGCUGCUGAUUCACCGGGGGACCUUCCGCCGGUUCCUGAACGAGCCAGAGAUUGUGCAAGCGGCGGAGGCGGUGGGGUUUGAGGCGGUAGUGACGGAGCUGCGGCUCAACGGGUCAGAGGUGGAGCAGGCGCGGGUGGUGAACUCGUUCGACGUGGUGCUGGGCGUGCACGGCGCGGGGCUGACGAACGCGGUGCACCUGCCGCCGGGGGGUGUCCUGAUCCAGGUGGUGCCGUUCGGCAAGAUAGAGGUAAUGGCGAGGUUGGAUUUCAGCGAGCCCGCAACAGACAUGGGGCUCAAGUACCUUGACUACAGCGUGAGCGCGGAGGAGAGCUCGCUGCUGGAGAAGCUAGGGCCCGACCACCCGGCGAUCAAGGACCCCGACUCCAUCCACCGAAGCGGCUGGACCACGAUGUAUGACUUCUACCUGAUGCAGAACGUCCGCAUCAACACCACUCGCUUCGCGCCAACGCUGGAGCAAGCGUUUAACCACCUACGCAAGCAGUAGGGGCAGGCAAUGUUCGUAAACUCUUUGCUAGUUUUCACAUUUUGGGUUAGUUGUUGCUAGGUGGCAUGGCGUUUUUUCUUUUGUUAUCAUUUUCACUAAAUUAGCAAAGGGAGAAAAUAAUUCGGUAUUAAGUUCUACUCUGUGAGUAUUAUUUUCUCUCUUUUCACUAAAGGCAAAAGGUAAUUUCCAAACGUUCGGACUUCUAAAAUAAAUCAGAACGAUUCGCUAGCA